AUGUCUUCGUCGGCGCAUAAUGGCAAAGACCAAUCCUUUCCCACGCCGCCGUCGUCCUACGUCCCGACGAACUCGCUCUCUAACCGCGACCUGAACUCGCACAAGUCGACUCCUCCCCACGCCAACUCGGACAUGGACACCGACAUGCCUGAUGCGCAGGCUCAGCCGCCGUCAUUGCCAUCGCGGCCAGUACUGCCGCUGCUCUGUCAAUCCCCUCACCCUAUCUCGCGACCUCACCCAAAUGAAAAUCUCAUCAACCUAUACGGCCUGCAAAGCAUCGCCAACUCGGUUCGCCGCACUGAUCCCAUCACCGGCGAGAAGAUCAACAAGCUGCGCAAGUCUUACGAGGGAAAGGUCAAGAAUUUCGGCCUUAGCGGAAAGAACAAGCCCACUGAUGUCCCUGGCGAGUUGGCCGGCUUCAUGCAAUGGGACGAGGGUUCAUGGUAUGACCAGCGUAUACACGGCAGAGAACUCGAGAACGCCCAAUCAUCGUCUCUCAUGGCUAACCUGGGUCGUGCCUUGACCAUGAACCCUGGCACUCUCCCUGCUGAUGAGCACAACAAGUGGAAAGCCAUUCUCGGUCUCGACGAUGGCAACAAGACUCCCUCUCAGCCCGCAAACAAGAUAGCAGCUCAUCCGCAGAUGCUCAAGGCGCAAGCCUCAUCCAUGCGCGCGUCUGCUCCUGCCUCGCCACGCUCCUCAAACCCCAACGGCAUUCGUCCCGAUCGCUCCAACAAGAAGCGCCGCUACGACGAGAGCAGCUACUCUGGCUACAAUGAGAGCUACCAAGAAGAUGAUGGCUACUCAACAGGUGGCUUGGAUGACAAGCGAAACUCUGCCGCCAAGAAGCGCCGAAAAGACUAUCCCACCAACUUCGAAACUUCUGGGGGCUCUCCAGCCUUCAACAACGGGAUGCUCGGCGUCGGUGUCAAAAGCUCAUGA